AUGUUUCUUAAAUUUUUCUGAUGGUACAGUCUCGGUUUUAGGCACAGAGAACCCCCACAAAACCAGCAACCCACCACCUACUUGGAGCCAUUAAUGGCCUACACUGAGCUAGCUCUACCUUAGAAUCAACCAUUGUAACCACUAGCCAAAAGGAAAAUCAGAAUUAGAACUUGUCCUGGGCUUCUUGUGUUUUUUGUAUCAGAGAAAUGGAGGAGAGGGAAGGAAGAUCCUUGGCUGAAACCCCAACAUGGACAGUUGCUUCUGUAAUCACUUUCAUGGUUGUUUUUGGGUUCUUUUUCAAUGGAUCUUUGGAACGGUUUGGAAAGUGGUUGGAUAAGACGAAAAGGAAGUCUCUAUUUGCUGCUUUGGAUAAGAUCAAAGAAGAGCUCAUGCUUUUUGGGGUUAUGUCAUUGUUGAUGGGUCACUGGAUAUUUAUUGUGGCCAAGAUUUGUGUUAAAUCAUCUCUCUUGAGCAGCAAAUUCUUUCCAUGUGCAUUGGAGAGUGACUUACAUUCAGUUGAACAUGUACUGGUUUCAAGUUCAAAUUAUUUGAAUAAGUCGGUUUCGAAGAUGCAGGUGAAGGCUGGUUCUCAUGACUAUUGUCCUGAGGGUCAUGAAUCCUUUGCUUCUAAAGAAAGUCUCGAACAGCUUCAUCGUUUGAUGUUUGUGCUUGGUGUCACACAUGUUUCUUACAGCUUUGUUGCAAUUGUCCUGGCCAUGAUCAAGAUUUAUAGCUGGAGAGUAUGGGAAAAUGAAGCCAAAGCUUUGGCAAUUCACUCCUUACAAGAUACCCCACUAGCUGAACCAAGUAUUCAGAGAAUAAGGAGAUUGUCUACUUUCAUUUUUCAUCAUGCAUCCCAUCCAUGGAGCCAGCACAGAGCUCUUGUUUGGCUGCUUUGUUUCACCCGCCAGUUCUGGAGUUCUAUAAACCGGUCUGAUUACAUGGCUUUGCGCUUUGGCUUCAUCACUACUCAUCAACUUCCUUUGUCAUAUGAUUUCCACAAUUAUAUGAUUCGGAGCAUGGAGGAAGAAUUUCGAGAUAUUGUUGGCAUCAGUUUACCUCUCUGGAUAUACACCAUAUGUUGCACUAUUCUAGACUUUCAUGGAAGCCACAUUUACUUCUGGCUUUCCUUCCUUCCAGCCAUAUUGAUCCUGCUUAUCGGGACGAAACUGCAUCGAGUGGUGGUAAAUUUGGCUGUUGAAAUCACGGAAGAAAGUCCAUAUAUGGAAAAUCAACAGUUUAAGCUAAGAGAUGAGCUCUUUUGGUUUAAGAAGCCCUGGCUUCUUUUACGUUUAAUACAACUGAUAUCCUUCCAGAAUGCCCUUGAGAUGGCAAAUUUUAUCUGGUCUCUGUGGGAAAUUAAGGAACCUUCAUGCUUCAUGGACAACAAUACUUUCCUUGUGAUUCGCUUGACAUUUGGGGUUGUCACCCAAUUCUGGUGUAGCUUCAUUACAUUCCCACUCUAUGUCAUCAUCACACAGAUGGGAGCGAGGUUCAAGAAAUCUGUAGUUUCCGAAAAUGUGAGAAAAUCGCUAUCUGUAUGGAAGAGGAGGGUGAAGGCCAAACAAAGCACUUCAUCUAGUACUGCUGCACUCUUGAGAACCUCAACAUCCUCAGAUUCUAUAGUGGAUGAAAUGCACAAAAUCGAUAGCUUUUCGUCAAACUCUUGGGAGAGAAGCUCCUUCAAGAAACAAAAUAUAUCUUUCCGGCAUCUGCAGGGCAAUGUGAUGCAGGGUGAAGAUGAGAAGUUGGAAUUUCCGCUGUGUGUUGGUCCAGUUUAUGACAGUUGCAGUGAUGACAAGAAGGUUGAUUACCAUAGUGACGAUCAUGACAGUAGUGAUGUAAAAUAUGAAUUGUGUCUCCUUCCAUCAUAAGCUUUUCUUGGAGCAUAUAUCACUAGAGACUAGAUUGUAUACACUUUUGAGCUUAGUUAUCUUCAUUUAACGACUAUUUUAUAUGAUACAUAUGGUUAGUAA